AUGCAAGCCCAGUGGGAAUUUCAGCGAUCCCACUUUAAAAAAAGGAUCACUUACGCAACUGAAAUGAAUUACUCCCAGAUGGAACGGGAAUGUUUAGCAGCGCCUUAUGCAUGUGAAAAAAACAAUUUGUACCUCUGCGGAAAGCACUUCACACUUUUUAGUGACAACAACGCAUUAGUAAAUAUGCUGAACAAUCCCAAAUCAAAACCGCCCCCGCGAAUUGAACGAAUGAUGUUGCGCCUACAGAGAUACAACUUUAAAACAGAUUACUGGUACGCAACACCAAACGCUUUAGACAUUAAUGAAACAAAAACCGCCACACUAGCUGACUCAGCAUUAAAACAAUUGAUAUUAAUCAUUAGCACAAACAAAUGGCGACAUCUGGAAGGAGCUUGA